CCUUUAUAGUAUAUAUUAUGGUUUUACCCCACGUGAUUUUUGCAACUGUUUGCAACGUUUGCGAAGGAUGCCGGUAAAAACAUCCACCGAUUUAAGGAGAGAUAAUUGCAAGACAUGGUAAAUGUGACAAAGGGCAUUUUAGUCGAAUGCGAUGCGGCUAUGAAACAGUUUCUCCUACAUUUGGACGAAACGUCUGCCCUCGGAAGAAAAUUUAUAAUUCAAGAUUUGGAUGAGAGACAUUUAUUUAUAUCUGCCGAUAUAUUGGAAACUUUGCAAACAAAAGUGGAUGAUUUGAUGGAUCAGAUAUCAUUUCCACUAGCAGAAAAGGGUAUAUAAAAAGAAAGAAUUCACCUUUGUUUUGAGAUAUAAUAUCACAAAUUUGAAAAAUGGCUCGAGAAUCUGGUAGAAUAAAAGACGCGUGUCAAAAGAGAAUUCUCGACGAUGCUGCGCGUAAGCGUAGACAAAAAAAGGCAUUGGAAGCAUUGGAGCAAGACAAUUUUCACGAUGAUCCACACGCCGACUUAGUGAUGAGCAAGAAAGUACCAAAAUUCCAAGAGACGCUAGACAACAGAAGUGGCAGUAGAAAAAA